AGUUUAUGGAUGUGCAUGUACGGAAAUAAAUCAAAACUUUUACUUAAAGAAGAAAAUAAAAUCGAGAGAUGCAUUAUAUAGCGUUGUUUUCUUUGCUGUUUACGUUCUGUGUGUUAAUCACUGGAGAGAAAACGAAGGAAAAACACGGACAAUAUGAUGCAAAAAAUCAAAAAGACAGCAAGAAACCAAAAUGUGAAGACAAAAAAUCGAUAUGCGCCCAUCGUGCCCAACAAGGCGACUGUCUACGUUUACCCCAGUACAUGAUGCAACAUUGCAAACCAAGUUGCCUACUGUGUGAUAAAGAUGAUGAAAACACGAAAUUUGAUGAACGCCCAAAGUGUCCAGAUUGGGGAAGAAAUGGUUACUGUAAAGCAGAUAAAAAUGUGAGAGAGAAUGCCAAUACAGUUGUGGUGUCUUCAGAGAUAUUGAGCCACAACAUAAAAACAAACAAUUUGGAUCUCCAUUGAGAGACAGCGAGAGGCUAAAAUGUAAAGAUGAAAAAUCUGAUUGUGUCGAAUGGGCACAUAAUGGCGAUUGUCUCCGUUUACCUGACUUCAUGUUUGAAAACUGCAAACCUAGUUGCCUAUUGUGUGAUAAACAUGAUGAUAACACGAAAUUUGAUAAAGACACAAGAUGUCCUGAUUUGGGCAAACUUGGCUACUGUAACACAGAUAAGGAGUUGAGAAAAAAAUGUCAAUACAGUUGUAAAAUCUAUAAAAAUGUGUUAAACCCUCUACCAGCACCCUAUCCUCCACCAGCACCAUAUCCUCUACCAGUACCAUAUCCUCUACCAGCACCAUAUCCUUCACCCGCACCCUACCCCUCACCCCCCAUACCCUCACCAUACCCAUACCCCUCACCAUACCCAUACCCCUCACCGUCACCAUACCCAUAUCCCUCACCGUCACCAUACCUACCCUCACCGUCACCAUACCCAUAUCCCUCACCGUCACCAUACCCAUACCCCUCACCGUCACCAUACCCCACACCGUCACCAUACCCCACACCAUCACCAUACCCAUACCCCUCACCGCCACCAUACCCAUCACCAUCACCGCCACCAUACCCUUCACCGUCACCAUAUCCUACACCCGCUCCAACGCCUGUACCAGCACCAACACCAGCACCAGCACCAGAAGCCAACCGCCAUCACAAAGACAAGAAACAAAAUGGGAAGAAAAAAGUGCAAUUGAAGAAAACCUCACAGAAGGAGAACUUUAACAAGAAAACCAAGAACAACGUGAAUAAAAAAAAAAAAGAACAAUAGAAUAGGAUAAAUUCAUUCAGCAUAAAACUAGAAAUAUAAUAAGUGUUUGGAUGUAGAACUGAUAAUUGUUUACUCUUGUGAGGGAAUUUUCGUCCACUUUAUAAAAUCAUAGAUUGUUUUGGCAACAAAUUUCAACUUAACUCAAUGAAUUGAUAUCUUCACAAAGAUUUAAAUCUUGCACGAAAGAGUUUUUAACCACCGACUUUUGGCUUGAUCAUUCUUUAGCAAAAAGCGAGCGAAUGUCCCUUCGACUAAUCCUUCCCCAGAUAGCCUAAAACAAUAUAAACAUAUUUGUUGACAAUACAAUAAACAUGAUAUAAAGACGAAGUUUAAUUAAAGAUCUCGUUAAAGCUA